UCUAAUCGGAUUGGGCCACAACUUAUGGGAACGGGCCCAAUCUUGAUUAUAAGGCCCAUGAAUCCUGUGGGGAAAGAGAAUACCCAUCCUUCUCAAUCUUUUUACCGCUAAGGAACCCGUUCUUCUGGGAUCUUCUUUUGUUUUGUCAGCUUCUCUCGGAAUUCUGAAGAGGAAGCUUCUCGAGCUCUACAGUACCCGACUUCGAUGGCGGGUUUGGAGGUUGACCCGAAUGCAGACUUUUUCGAUGGCUGGCCGUCCGUUUCUUUAAAAGAUCCGUCGAACCCAUCCCUUCUUCCUCCUGUUUUGGAGUGUCUUCGUGGUUCAGUAUCUCCGAUUAGGGACGCUGUAGUCGGUAUUGAGGUUUCGCCAAUGGAGGUACACGGAGGCCUUGCUUUAAAUAAGUUCUUCGUGACUUUAUUCUUCUGCAUAAGCCUGAUAUUAUGGUUAUUGUGGAGCCUAAGAUAAGUGGUCCUAUUGCUGAUUCGGUUUGUCGUAGUUUCCCCCAUUUUUCGUGGGUUCGAGUUGAAGCUGACCAUUUAAAAGGUGGUAUUUGGGUUUUUUGGAAGCUUGAUCGAGUUUCUCUAAUGGAGGUUGCUUGGAAUCAGCAGGCUAUUCAUUUCCGUUUUGAUCAGGAGGCCUUAUCGGGUUUCUUUACUACUGUCUAUGGUAGCCCCCAACGCAGCUCUAAACGUGAGCUUUGGCCGUUUCUUAAAUCCAUGGUGCCAACCAAUCAGAGUCCUUGGCUUUUGAUUGGAGACUUUAAUGUCAUUGCUUCGGCUGAUGAAAAGGAUGGCAGAGCUCCCUUGAGCCCAAUGGACGCUACUCCUUUUUUGACUACUAUUGAUCACUGUCAGCUUAUCGAUUUAGGAAGUUCUGGGCCUAAGUUUACUUGGAAGGGUCCCUUGAUUGCUGGGUUUGAUCGUGUCUUUGAACGGCUUGAUCGAGCGUUGGCAAAUUCRCAUUGGCAGUUGGCUUUUCUUGAUACGUCAGUUCGUGUGCUGCCGAUGGUGCUCUCAGACCACCACCCUAUUAUUUUGAACUAUGCCCCUUCCUGUGGCUCUUUAGUGGUUUCUCAUUCGUUCAAUUUCUUGGCUGCUUGGAACUUGCAUCAGAAUUUCCAUUCGUUCCUUAGGAAAUCUUGGCACCCUUCUGAUCCUCCCCCUUCGUGUCUUGCUGAUUUUAAAGGGAAAAUUUUAGUUUGGCACAAGGAUGUUUUUGGCAGUCUUCGGAAGCAUAAGAGUCUCAUUCUACGUCGGCUUGCAGGUAUUCAACAAGCUUGAGACUUGAAAAUGACCUGACCUUGGAUCUAGAUAAUAUCCUCCAGAGGAGCUCUCCUGGAUUCAGCGUGCUCACUGUGGUUGGGUUCGUUUCGGGGAUCGUAAUACUACCUAUUUUCAUAAGAGGGCUAUUAUCAAAGGGGCCGAAUGAUGAAUGGAUAUCCAUCCGAUGUUGGGUGGCUGAAAGGUAUAGCUUUUAACCAUUUUCAGUCGAUUUAUGGGAUUGCAUAACCAACUGUUUGAAUACUUUAACUUCCUUCCUGGAUUAUGGAGCCAAAACAGGAGAAAAGGAUUUAAUCGUGAGUAGCCCUCUUUGUUGUGUCGUUA